CAUGAACAGCUUUUCUAUAUACCCCGUUACUGAGAACAAGCAACUUUUUAGCAACUCAAUCCCACAAACAAAACACAUGAACAUCUUCGAGGACUUAAGUUAUUCGAUUGGAGUUGGCAGAUGGAGCUUCGAUGGCGACGUUAGUUCCCACGGACGUGAACAUUUUAAAUCUCAGGACUACUCAACCCGCCUAAAUUGUCCACUUCUUUCAACACGAUAUCCUGAUAAAGAUGCCACAGAUGACAGCAGUGAAACGAGAUCCCACAGUCUGACUCCGCCAAACAGCGCUAUAAACACCAUGACAGAUCGUACAGGUAACUUUCUUCAAAUAAAGAACGUAGCACAGACUUGCCAGGAAGAGAUUGCCAACGCCCCCUUCGAUGAUCACUUCGUUACUCAACGCAGUCACGUGCCGGAAAACACAACAGCCAAAAUUGUAUUUGAUAAUAAAGAUAAUGCGCACCACUGUCAAGACUUUUCAAGAAGAAAUGGCGUUACCCCGCAUUGCGAGAUGAUGCCUGCGACCGAAUCCUUCCCAGCACCCAGCAAUUGGUCAUAUCCUCCGAACACGACCCUCUAUCAGCACCAGAUGUAUAGUAACAUCCCCGUGAGCAGUCCAACACAAAAUUACUACACAUCCAAUCAGUACGGAAGCUUCAUCAAUGAACUUUGCUCUCCAGACCUCCAAUCGGCUGAGGACGCUGGCAUUCAUUAUGAACUUCCGUUAUCAUUUGGCCUUGAAGACUGUGGAUUCGACAACUUUCUGCAGCCCAUACCAUUGGAGACAUCUAGCGACAUCAGCAACGACGCUCUGGUCCAAAAUGAAGAAAACUUCUUCCAAAAGAAAUCUACAAAUGCUCAGCCUAGUUGUAUAGAUGCUCUUUUGUUUGAGGACGUACAUCCACCAAGCUCCUUUAACAGCGAAGAAAAUGUGGGCUGUUUCCCAAUCAGAGAAGAAUCUCGAAUCUCAACGGAGACUAACUGCAGUCCAGCAAAGCCAUUCAUCCAUCAAGCAGCACCACGUAAUGAAUCGCCGCGCAUCAAUCAUAACUCACAUCAUCAAACGAGCCAUGUCAUAUGCGGCAGCUCACAGAAUUCAUCUCAGGAUCCAACUCCAAACACGCGGGAAAUAAAUCCAACAAGCGUCACGCUGCCGGAUACAGAUCAUCAGCCGUGUGCUCGUUGGCAGCAGGGAUCCCCAAGUUUUUCAUCGUGGCAAGCUAAACCAUUUUGUCGACCAGCGCAAGGAAAUUGUCACGACUUUGAGUCCGUCCUAUCAGGAGCUGGCCCCGAGAUUGAACUGUUCAGAUCCUACAACUUUUCUACACCUCAUUGGGAUAAUACAUUUCAGACAGAUGGCAAAUAUACAGCAGUCGGUAAGUGGAAUUUCACUAAUUUCAUAAAUAAACAGAAAUAUUGAAUAUAGAUUAUACAGAAUCUCACAAUUAGACAGCAUAAUGACACUGUUGCAUGUAAUUAACAAAUAAUGUGGUUUUUUUUGGGUGGUUUUUUUAACUUAAAAAGUACAUUCAAAUCUUGUAAAAUUUGAAACUUGAGAGAGCCUAUUAAUUCGUCCAUCGUAGAGGCUUUAAAUUCAAAUGUGCACCUCAUCAGAUCCUGACCUCCGACUCACCUGCACUUCCAAUCCAUUAUUAGCGAACAUUGAGAGUGAUGUUGUCAACAACCGCGGACAGUCCAACAACUGCACCGGACAGUCCAACCCAUGCACCGGACAGUACAACCAAUGCACCGGACAGUCCAACCCUUGCACCGGACAUAGGGCACUGCUAACUUUCAUGCUGGGACAUGCAACUUCCAACCAAGAUGGGAUGAAAAAUAUUUCUAACCACGUCAUCUCUUCCGCCAUGGACCACAUCAUGCAGGUGGGGAACUCUUUAGAUGUGUGGUGCAGAUUUAGAUGUUAUUUUUUAAAAAGCGAUUUUCAAUUAAAUCUUCCAAUAAUCUUCCAUAAAAACUGUCUUAUGUAAAUAAAAGUAAAUUUUGACCAGCUUUCAUUGAUAAAAAAUUUCACACGUUACAAAUCUGUAUUUUUUUCCUCUUAGAAAUUUUUAAGAAUUUACAAUAUAUUUUAUAUAUUUAUAUAUAUAUAUAUUUUUCAAGAAAAGCUAUUUUGUUUUUAAAAAAAUUGAUAAUUAAUUCCACCUGACAUGCUUUGAGAAUAAAUAAAAAUAAAUUAUUUUCCCACUGAAUGUCUGAGACCACCAAGUCUUUAAUUUAAUGAAUUAAAUCAAAAUGAAAUGAAGUUUCAGUUCAAUCCGCUUUUUGAUUACUUUCUGAACAGAACCGACCACAAUCCAAUCUCUUCCCCACGGCCAGAGAAAUCUUGGAUAAUUGUUUCAAGCAAACCACCAGAUUGUUGCAAGAGACUAUUGGUGAUAAAUGCGAAAAGUUAUUAGACGAUGCGACUGACAAGGAAAACAAUGGAGAAAGUCCACCUAAGAGAAAAAGAGCCACGGACGUACCAUCUGAAGGUAUGCAUUUUGCAAAAGCUGUAAAAAAAUAUUAGUUUUAAUCCUCAGAUGCGAAGAUUAGUUCAACUUAUACUCACCCGUUCAUUCUUUCAAUCAUUUUUUUUUGGUAGCCAUAACGGAGAAGGAUCUCAAAUUCUGUGCAUUGGCAACUUCUUCUUGAGCUGACCACAGGGUCUUGGUUCUGCACGAUUUAACAUGUAAAGCACUACUAAAAGUGAAUGGUGUAAUCAUCAGAAAACGUGUGACGCCAACAGAUAAAAAAAAAAAACAACCCCAAAACCCAUCACCAUUUAUAUAGCAUUUAGGUAAAGAGGAUUAAAUAGACACCAACAAUUUUACGAAAUUUUAUAAUUAGGUAAAAGGGGAAAAGGAUGCACACCAUAUUUACACACUCGGUUCCUUACUACACCCAACCAGACGCCAAUCAUUUUCUGAGACAUUGACUCUUGGCAAGAAAUACAAAACGUAUAGAACUUGGUGCUUGUUUUAUUUUUUAGCAAACCUUUUUUUAAAACAAAAAUCAUUAACGUUUAACUUUACAAAUUCAGGAACCACCACCAGUCUUUAGCUAUUGUUUUUAAAUGUAUCUCCCAUUUUUGAAAUAGAAAGUAAAAUGAAUAAAUCGAUGUCCUAAUUCAAAAUGGCAAGGUGUUCCAAGAAUCUGCCAAACGUUGGCAUUGCUCUCAAGGCAAUCCCCGAUGGUAACGUCUCGUUCAGAUUAAAAAGUUCACUUCAUUUCAGAGACGCUGCCCGGACAACGGUCAGUAUCAGUCAGUUCCAUGUCAGUUGGAUCCCCUCCUUCCCAUGAGAGUGUUGGAUGCCACAGCGACCCGUCGCCGAAUACGUCCCCGAGUGACAGCAGAUACUCCUCUUUGUCGUCGUCGGACUCCUCUAAGGUAUGUGUCCUUACGGUUGUCCCCACGGCUGUCCCAUGGCCGUCCCACGACUGUCCCACGGCUGUCCUAACGCCAUUGUACACAUUCAUAACAAUUGCAUAGGAUGCAAAUCUUAAAUAAUACAACGGUAACAACCAAAUGGAUUGAUUGCUUGUUGGGUUCGGUAACGUGGAGAGCGGAAAGUAAAGUCUCGCUGGCGUCAGAGAUAGAAUAAAUAUAUUAAAAUCUUCAUAAAAAUAUUUUAAAAUCGUGAAAUUCUUAGCUUUUAGUCAACUUAUUUCACCAUCCGUUACAACUCUCCAUAAUUCGCUAUGACCCUCAAUAGUCCGUUACGACCCUCCAUUGUCCGUUACGACCCUCCAUAGUCCGCUACGAUCCUCCAUAGUCUGUUAAGACCCUCCAUAGUCCGUUACGACCCUCCAUUUUCCGUUACGACCCUCCAUAGUCCGCUACGACCCUCCACGGUCCAUUACGACCCUUCAUAGUCCGUUACGACCCUCCGUUUUUCAUUUCGAAUUAAACGAAAAAAAUAGCAAACGCCUUUUCAGAAUUGAAAUCUAAAAAAUGAAAGGGUGGACAACGGACAUGAAUCAAAUCAAUAAGUAAACAAAAUUGUUCAACACAACGAACGUUUAAUAAAAAAUAAAAAUAAAAAGAAGAAGCACUUUGAUUAUAAGUUAGUAUCCCAGCGAUACUAAUAAAGCUAUUUUCUUUUCUUUUUUAUUUGUUGUUGUUUGUUGUUUUGUUCACUGACGAAGGCUUUUUGCCGACGCAGUCCUUGUUUAUUUAUUAUUUUUUUGUUUGUUGUUUCGUUUUUCUUCAGGUUUUCCCCUAACCUCGUUCUUUAUAAUUCCUAUUUCUUCCACCUGAACACAGUUUUGCCCCACCUUUCUGCUUCCAACAUUCAAUUCUUUCCUUCGAUGUUUUUUUUAGUACGAGAUUAGUUUACUUUAAGUGUUUACAUACGCCUGAGUGUUUACUAAAUUGGGAAUUAUUAUAUAUAAAUUUUUUUUUAUCUGUAGACGGAAAUACGCCGACCAUCCGUUCUUCCGCCAUGCCGAGUAUGUACAAGCAAGGCUUCGGGACUCCAUUAUGGCGUCGUCACGUGCGAGGCUUGUAACGGUUUUUUCAGGUGAGUACUAAAAGAAAAAAGUUUCUACUUGUUCUCUGAUUAUAUCCGCUAUAAAUUAUAAUUUCGUCAUAUGCUUUGAUCCGUUAUGUUCUACUUAACAAACAUUAUACUGCUUAUUCUAACAAAUGCUUCCCUUUUUUUUUCAGAAGGAGCCUCAAACGGGGAGCAAUCUACCUCUGUUCCAAAAACAGACAGUGUGACGUGAAAGGCAAGAAACGCGGAGAGUGCAGCUACUGUAGAUACCAGACGUGUUUGGCCGUCGGGAUGUCAAAAACUGCCGUCAAAACAGGAAGGUAAGGGGGUCAACUCUUAUCGGUAAAACGAGGAUACAUUUUCCGGAGUUUUAUCCCUUAACUAUAAAAGAAAUUACAUUGAUCUCAAGAACUUCCAUCUCAUUGAUCUCAAGAACUUCCAUCUCAUUGAUCUCAAGAACUUCCAUCUCAUUGAUCUCAAGAAUUUCCAUCUCAUUGAUCUCAAGAAUUUCCAUCUCAUUGAUCUCAAGAACUUCCAUCUCAUUGAUCUCAAGAACUUCCGUCUCAUUGAUCUCAUGAACUUCCAUCUCAUUGAUCUCAUGAACUUCCAUUUCAAUGAACCCAUGAACUUUCAUCUCAAUAAACCUAUGAACUUACAUCUCAUUGAUUGCAUGAACUUCCAUCUCAUUGAAUCCAUGAACCUCCAUCACAUUGUUCUCAUGAACAUCCACCUUAUCAAGCUCAUAAACUUCCAACUCAUUGGUCUCAUGAAUAUUCCUCUCACUGGUCUCUUGAAACGACUUCCAUCUCAAUAAACAUAUGUAUUUCCAUCUCAUUGAUCUCGUGAUCAAUGAUAUGGAAACUCAUUUGUUUAUUGAGAUCUCUCCCAUUCAUCCCCCAUUAACUUCCAUCUUGUUGAUCUCACUAAACACAUAACUCCAUCCCCUUGCCCAGAUAUUCAGACAAGACCCGGCUGGCGUACGCCAUUGAGACGGACAACCAGAACAAAAACAACCACUCACCGGUAGAAGAUUCCCCAAGGCUUGACCCCAUGGCUUCUGACCUGAUCAAACUUCACCGUCAGCACGCGGAGCGCCCCGGGCAAGUUCUCGAUCACGAACCACUCGAAAGACAGUGCAAGUUGGUGUCGCUUUCUUCUUAUCUUGGCGUAAACGAUUUUUUAUCUUUUAUCUUCAGAAGCAAAAAUUUGAAAUAAAGUAUAUCAUGGGUGCAGAUAAACUCUUGAGCUGGCCUGAGGGAGAUUACCGAGGGGGUUCCGUUGAGGGGCUCCUCAAAAGUUAAUUUGAAUGUGGUAUUUUAAUUACUAUUUAAAUAUGUUGUUUUUAACAUUGGGUUGCGACUACAAAAAUACACUUAAAAUAUUCUUUACAGUACCCUGCUGCCCUAAAAAAUUUUCCCAAAUGCAAGCCUGAUUUAUGGACAUUAAAUUAGUUCUUCUACAUUAGUACAACAUUAUUACUUGGGGGCGGAAUGUUGGAUAAUUGUAUUGUAUUUUAAUUUGCAGGUAUUCCGAGCUCUACUCUUCUCCAGCUCAUUCCAUUGACAGAGUAACAAGGAUCACGACACACCAUAAGGACGUCCUCGGUGUACCGGGUUUGAGAACCCCGGCUGAUACAAGUGAGGCAGGGUUCUCAAAAAUAAUGGCGGGAUUCCUCGAGGUACAGACAUUAAUGAAUUUUCCGGCUUGAAUCUCUCUUUCUUUUAAUACUUCAGUAUUAGAUUUAAAUUAAAUAUAACGGUUGGACGACAGCGAGUCUGCCAGCGCCUUGAAUAGUUUACAUUGGUAUAAACUCUAUAUAAUGUGUAACGCGUUUUCUGUUGCUUGCGCUCAUUACCUUAUUGGUGUCUUCUUUAUGCUUCAUUGAGACGAAGAGUUAAUCACUGUUUUAUUGCAGCGAUCAGCGCCUAUGGCGUUGGCCUCCCCGUUUGUUGUAGAGUUAGAUUUUUUUUAAAAUACGUCAAUUAUAGCGCGGUUUUCUUUUUAAAAGAAAGUCUAUAUAGGUGUAUUGUAGUAUCCGAUGGACUUUGGCAUGCCUGACUGAGACUUCGACACGAGCUACCAACUCGAGGUCCUGUUUAACGAAACAAAAUUCUACAUUUCAACCAAAGCAGAGAAUGAGAGAUUGACACGCCCCCCCCCCUCUGUCCCCCAGCCACCCUCCCCUAAAAACACACAUUUAAAUAUUUUUUUCCCCUUGUUGCACCAAGGAUAUGCCCAAAAAUGGGUGAUAAGCAUAUGCACAUCUUAAAAUAAAACCCGUCAUAAAAAUGAUUGAUCAUUCAGCUAGCCCUAAAAUUCGUGAGGGGCGACCCGUAAUACGCCAGGUGCGGAGCCGUAUUGAGACUUUUGGAGCAGCCCGGCACCUUUUUCUUUUGAAUUUGUGUCCCCCCCUGCAUUCAAAGUUGAGAGUUAUUUCCCCCCCCCCACAUGACAACCUUGGGAUCAUUAAGUAUCUGUGACCCCGGCUACAGCCUCUAGGUUCGCAAGGCCCAUACGACGGCCCUGGUCAGGCAUAUAACUUUCUUUAGGCGAGGAAGCAGAAAGUCUCUAUGGCCAAGCAGUAGACUAUAAAAUAGCAAAGUCUAAAAAUAUAUUUUUUUUAAUUUCCCAGUAAUGGUCACUUCAUUAUGCCAAGUCGAUUUGUAUUUAUCUCUUAGAGCCGUUUGCUUCAUUAUGCCAAGUCGAUUUUUAUUUAUCUCUUAGAGCCGUUUGCACCGUUACGCCUGUUCCUAUUCCCAUUCCCCAGAACUGGAUGCUUCAUUUUGUCAAGUUUGUCAAGCGCAUUCCGGGUUUUAAUCUGCUUCACCUAAAUGACCAGACGUCCCUCGUGAGGUCAACCUGGCAUGAAAUAUGGCUGCUAGGUGCACACAGGGGAUUUAACUCUGAAAUUAAAGUAUGUCUUAACUGUUAAAAAAAAAAAAAAAUAAUUUCCAAGACUUAGUUUGCCAAGAUGGCUUACCAUUUUCCCUCAUUUCUUUUUUACGCCUGGCAUCACACUGUUUAUUUUAAGGCUAUGUAAACAAUUCAGAGUUAAGUGUCCUUUUCAAUGUUUUAUCUCUCCCAUGCUAUUUAUUAUUAAUAACACGAUGACGAAAAUAAAUUUGUUACAUUUUAAAUGAAGAAACUAAAAAAAAUAAAAAAUAAUAAUAAUAAUUUCUCCAGCAACUGACAAGGACGCAAUGACGUAACUAACGCCAGGGACGUUCAACUAAACUGUUUUAAGGUUCUGCUUUUAGACCAAUGCUAAAUCGCCGCUGGCCGAAUUCGGUCUCACACCGCCACGCAGUUCCUACGCCCCUGGGCAUGGCCUUGCCAAAGACAAGCGUUGCCCGGGGGGGGGGCGGAAAAGGGGUGGGAGGGGAAGGCUGAAAAUUCCGCGUCCUAAUAUAUAGGCAAAUAUUGCCGCCCGGGAAAGACCACCACAAUACAAAUUAGCGCCCAUGGUCUUUGUGAGGUACGUGGGUUUUUUUAGUUUCAUUCAAUAUUAAUGUCUAACUAAAGACGACUUUUGCUCUCUCUCUGAUGUUGGCCUCCGGGUCGAGUGCCCCCCUUGGCCCCCCACCCCUUGCCUCAGAGUUAUUAAUGGUUCAAUAUGAUUUUUUUGGUUUGAAGAUCUUGCUUUUUCUUUUCUUUUCUCCUAAACUUCACAAUUUCCAAAGUACAACAUUUUCAGCACUCCUACGUUUUCAAAUUCAAAAGUAAAUAAUUCCUUGAUGAAUAACGAUUAAUAAGAGCAUUGAAUUUUACAGUCAGCCCCAGGGCUUCAAUAUCAAUAAGAAAAGGUGGGAGGGGGCUGGGAGAUCCGGUUUGGGGUAGGGGAGAUCCCAGUGCAUAUGAGCCUGAAGAUCUUCGUCUGGUUUUCAAUUUCAGUAAUGUUGUUAUAGCUAGCAACUGGUCCAUGUUAUGCUACAGCACAGGGCCUCCAAUUUCUUAAUCCGGCCGGGCAGAGCUUGUAGUCUAUAUAACAAUAACUUCCCCUGUGUACCAAGUCAUAAAAAAAAAAUAAUAGCUCUGCGGUUUAAUAGACGGAUAAUCUUAAAAGACACACGACCGUCAUUUUGACAACUGGAAACAAAGUUUAAUCAUUAAGACCACCACUUAACCUAUACUUGUAUUUGUUAUUUUACCAAGGUGACGUCUAAUCCCUACGUUGCGUCUAGUCCCAACGGUACAACUAGUCCCAACGGUACGUCUAGUCCCAAGGGUACGGUCCUACAUUACGAUGAAAUCAAGAUGGUGUUUGGUCAAGUCUACGCCGACGUGUCCUUCAAGUAAGAAUUUGAAAACAAAACAAAACAACUAUUUAUUCCUCAAAUAUAUCUAAUAUCUCUUAUAUAUAUAUAUAUAUAUAUAUAUAUAUUUCUUCUGGUGUGCCCUGCUUUCUUUCACCCCCUCCCCCUUUUUUUUCAACCUAACCCCAACUCCACAUGUUUUAUAUUAAUAGUACUAAGUGGAACAAAAAUGUCAUGCGUGACGUGUGAACUCCGGUAAAAAAAUAGCACUUAAAGGAGGGUGAAUAUUAUUCGAUGUUGUUAUUGUUCAUGUUCCUCUGUCACUCAGCGAGCUUCAAGCGCACGUCUCGACUCAUUUAAAUAGUUUGCUAUCUCCGUUAUGCAGUGACUCUUAUUUAUUAAGGCCUUGCUAUGGAAAUGAACGGCAGUAUCUUCUCUGUCGACGGGUUUUUGUGCAAUGUCAUCUCCAUUCCGAGAUCCGGCAACUGCAUGUUUCCAUCUGUGUAUUAUUUCUUGACAAAGGAAAUGUACUCUCACUACGACAUAGGGCGGUAGAUUUCAAUGUACUCUCACUACGACAUAGGGCGGUUGAUUUCAAUGUACUCUCACUACGACAUAGGGCGGUAGAUUUCAAUGUACUCUCACUACGACAUAGGGGGGUAUAUUUCGUUGCAAAAUGAGAAAAUAACUUAAAAAAAAAAAUACUUCGAAACCCCCCCCCCCCCCGAAUAUUUUCUAAAAAUAUCCGGACCCGGUGUAAAAGAAUAUGCCCCGGGUUAAGCCCAGUUGUUACAUAUUGAAUUUGAUCCAUUCGUUAAUACUAGAUGUACACGCCAAACAUUGGCGAAAGCAAUGCGUGAACUUCCCAUCUACUAAAGUUACUUGACAAAAACGUGAACUCAAGUUACGAACAUGUAAGAAUGCCAAUUUUCCUACACCCCUUGCCCCCCCCCCCCACCACUUUUCAUGAUAAGUCACUGCUCACUUUUUCUUUCAAGCCCAUGAACUAUAUAAAUAUAGCCGACCCGCGGUUUAGCAGACGCCGCGAGCUGUAAGAUAGUAACUGUUUUCUCCAAUUACGCGUCAAGCAAGGGGAGGGAAGUGUUUGCAUGCGUCGUCUUGCUUGCUCUGGCGUAUCUAUAUAUAGCCUGCGUGGUGGUGUCGUCUUUUUGUUUGCCCUACUUCUGGUGAAUUAUAUAUACAUAGAUAGAUUAAUAAUAAUAAGUCAUACCUCUUUUCGCGCAAUACGUCACAGAAAAUCAAACAUUUAAUAACAAUAUAUUCCCAUCUAGUAAAGUUACUUGACAAAACAUGAACUCAAGUAACGCACAUUUAAAAGAAUCCCAAUAUUUGCUUCACCACUUCCCCCAUGAUACGUCACUGCGCACUUUUUAUUUCACGCCCAUGAACUAUAUAUUAACUAUUCUCAUGUCCCAACCACUUUUAAACCGAAUAUUUUUUACACAAUACUUAAAUUGAGACGAUUUCAUUUCCGAAAAGAAAAUAUUACGCACCAAACGCAAUUGCGUUAUUAAAAAAAAUAUAUAUAUCAUUUAGCGUAGUUAUCGGGAAUUAUAUUUUGCGCGCUAGUGAACUCAUUAUUGAACCACACUCUGGCGUAUCUAUAUAUAGCCUGCGUGGUGGUGUUUGACCUUUGCUGGCGAAUUAUAUUUACAGAUAAUUCAGAUAAUAACAAAGGAAAAGGGACCGUAAGCAAGUUGGUUUGAAUAAUAUUUGAAAUAAUAUUUACAAUAUCUGACGAUGUAUUUUUUGUUUCGGUAUCUCAUAAAAGAAGCCAAGUGUUUUUCAAAAACACCAACUCAUAUGUACUAAAGAGAGUCCUCCUUGUAACAAGUGAUUAUUUUUAAAAAAAAAGUUUCUAGCGCAAACUAAACUCAUUCAUUUCUUGAGCCAAAAUAAAUCAUUACAAUUUUAAAGUUUUGUCCAGCAUUAAUCAAAUUUGUUUCAAAGGAUUUGUUUCCUUGAAGCUGUUCCCGUCUGUGAACAAUAGCUAGGUAGGGAUAGACUACCGAAGGCAUGAACUGUGGUCUUGUGAUACAUGCCUGGGUGAACUUUUCCAGACUGUCGAACCAGCUUAAGAAGUUAAAGGUGACACCUGACGAAAUAGUCCUGAUACAAAUGAUGUGCUUGACCUACCCUGAAGGACACCGGCUUGAAAACCCAGAUCAGGUGAUGUUAUAAAUUGGUUGUUAUAAGUAACUCAGCGGGAAAAAGAAUGAUGUUAUCGUUUCAUAUCAUAACUUAUGAACCAGCGCCACACCCCCUGCCAUGUUAUAUGUUACUUCGGCAUUAAAAGAUUGUGAGAAAUCAUUUGCUGAUAAAGUUGUAAAAUUACCUUCUGUCAAAUCUGACUUCUUAUGAAUAAUUAAAAUAACAAUUAGAUUUUUAUUAAUAUUUAUAUCGAUAUUGCUUAAUCUACAUUGACUGAAUACUAUGAUUUAAAAUAGUAAAAAAAAACAGACCUGAAUUUUCUUAAUAUGAGAUAUUUUUUAACUUACCUGAUGCCUCAUGUAGAUCAAUGAUGCACAAUUUUUUGUUUCAACUAAAAAGUAGACUGUACUGAAGCUUUAUCGCAGUCAAACACUCCUUUGAAUGAGUUAAUCUAAUCCUACAGGUGCGCUCACUCCACUGGCUGAUGACCCAGUGUCUGAUGAGGGAUCUCGAGAACACCCACCCUGAAAACCCUGGUGUCUUCUCUGAGGUGAUUAUACUUCACUGUCUGGAGUCGAGACAAUUAUUAGGAAAUAUGUAUUGAUUUUAUAAAUCAAUUCACCCAUUGAAUGGGCACUUGUAUUGAUAUUAACGAUUGAUAGUAGGAGAUAACGGACAUAGCUUGAAUAGUUUUAAAUAUUACAACAAAAAUUAAAUUUAAAAAAGAAAAAUGGUGGGGGGAUGACUAGACCGCAAAAUUACCUGGCAAGGUUUGCGGAUCCAGAAUAAAUUUAAAACACCAACCAACUUUAAAAAUAACAACAACAACAACCAUAACUAAUGCAUGAACCUCCUCAUAAAACAUAAUGAAUAUGACGUGUGUCAUGCCUCGGUCAUGUUAGAGCAGUUUUUGAAGUGGUUAAAAAUUAAUUGAAAGAAAAUGAAGUUUUCAACAAGGAAGAGAAAAAAAUGGAGAAAAAAAUGCACGCACUGUUCUUAAGUUCGUUUAAAAUAAAUUUUAAAAAUAUAAAAAAUAUAGGUAAACGUGAUUCACUGUGGGUUAAGAAGAAAUUCCUGCACGAAUUAAAUCAGAUAUAACUAACUGCAUGAAUUAUUUAUAAUAUAAUUCAUGUACAUCUUCUUUUUUUUUCUUUGUGGCCAAGAUUGUAGCAUGCCUUGUGGAGCUUAGAGACGCCCUCCAUAAAAGCCUGUUGCCUGGCAACGGCCUUAUCCACAAACACAUCCUGAAUAAUGAAACGCCAUUGCUGAAGGAGAUACUGACUGACAGCGAACUCCGCUGACGUUUUCAUACUGUACGAUACUGUGGAUAUUUGAAGAAAGAAAAAACAACAAUUUCGUUUGGUCUUGCUUGGAAUUGUGAGACUUGUUAGGCAGGGUUGUCGGUGUUUCAAACAUAUAAGAUAUUUCAGCUUUGUCCCCCCUCUUCAAAUUUGUUAUUUUCAUGGGAUCUUGGCAGUAAACAACCGACAUCUCCUAAAGUUCUGAACGAAAUAAUUUUCAAUG